AUGUCAGGAGAAUACAUUGGAUAUGGAAGGAUGUCAGAGAAAGAUUUGCAGAGUAAGAAUCAUGUAAAAGAACCAGAAGUUUGCAAACGUUCCUGUGUUUAUUUACACGAAAUAUACAAAAAUAAACCUGGAACUUGUCCUAAUAGCUUAAAUUUGGCUCCUUUCAAUGAAUGCACUGCAUUGUGUCACUUAGAUGGUGAUUGUCCAGAAACGGAAAAAUGUUGUGUUGAAGGUUGUAGUAGGCAAUGUUUGAAACCAGAAGGAAAAUUUUUGAAUCUUUUACCUAUUCCAACCAGUAUUACUGUUCAGGAACGAAAACGAAAAAGAUCAGUGAUUGUUCGAUGGGUCAUGCAACGGAUGAGUCGUGUUCAAACAAAUUCAAAUGCUAACUUAUAUGUGGUUCAAUGGAGAUGGAGUUUACAUAAAGAUGGUACUUCAAUCAGUGAUUGGCAAACUAUUGUUACGAGAAAUAAAAUGUAUGCAAUUUUGAAGCAUUUACUUGCUCCGGGCCGAUAUUAUAUGUUUCGUGUAGCAGCUGUUAGUACUUACGGUAGUUUGGGAUUCUCAAAAAGCAGUCAACCAUUCAAACUUUCAAAAGAACCUCAAGCACCUGGACAACCACUUGAUUUAACACUGGAUAAUUCAGAAAUUGAUGAACAUAAUUUCUGGAAACAACGAAUUAAAUGGACUCCACCGCUUUCCGAAUUACCAAUCAAAAAUUACGUCCUUUCAUGGCAAAAAUCAACAAUACAACAAGCAAUAGCAUAUGAGGAAAUGUUGAAACGAAGAAUGAAUGUUGAAAAGCAAGAAAAGCGAUCGACAAUAGAUGAGGAAGAUGAUGAAAUUGAGAAUGAAGAUAGUUUCGUGGAAAGUGAACGGGUAUCGGUUGUAGUACCAGCAUAUCAUUCCUAUGCUGAUAUCGAUCAAUUAGAACCUGAAUCUGUUUAUUUAGUUGAAAUUUACGCCAUAGUAGAUUCGUCGAGUGGUGAGUUACAUGGAGAAAAAGCAAUACUUUACGUGAGAACCGGUGGAGCGAACGCUAAUAGAUAUGCAUAUAUUAACGGCAGCAGUGCUAAUGACAACAGUAAUAUCAUAACUACAACGAUUCAAUCUCAGAAAUGGGAAUUAAAAUCUCAAAAUGAGAUUCAAGAUGAUAGAGAUAUCAGGACUAAUAUCAAAGUGGAAACGUUAGACAUCAGGGCACCAUAUUUCGAUGAUAACAAUUUGAAAACUGUAGUGAGUUGGUUCAGGAAUGGUUUAUGCAACGGAACGAGAGUUAAAUAUACGAUAAGAUGGCGUUUAUUAAUGUGUCAAGCAAGAGAGAGUAAACGCAUUACUUAUUAUGAUUUGGAUUCAUCUGAUAAAGAUUGGGGACAAAUGGAAGUCCAAGAAUGUGUUGCAGUAUUGGAAGAUCUUGAUUUCGCAUGCUCAUAUAGCGUCGAGCUUGUUAGUACCAAAACCAAACAGAUCGUUGCAACAGCUUAUUUCGAGACACAAAGUUGCGAGAAAACCCCAUCAACGAUAAGUCUUACCUGCAAAAAUCAAUUAACUCCUCAGUCCCUUUCUUGUCUUAUUAUUAAUUCGAGAAAUAACUCGGUACAAUGUAACUGGAAAAAUACAAAUAGUACGGAAAAAAAUGCUGGCUAUCGAAUUGUACUCAGUAAAUCCGGUGCAGUGGAUAAUCAAAUAAUGAUCAUACCACCACAAAGUACCGCAGUCCAAUUUGAUAAACUUGAACCGGAUCACAGUUAUCUUGUUCAUGUACAAACGAUAACAAGUAAUGGUCUUGGCAAUACAUUAACGACAUCUUUUCGGAUAAAUCGGAAUAACGCUUCCGAGAAGUCUUCUCUUUUAUUAUCUGAUCAUCACAUCAACAAUACCUCAUCUCGUUUAAGCAGCAUAAUUAUGGACCAUAUAAGUGAUAAUCAAAUAUCACAGAAUAUUGAUUUGCAAUCAGUGAUGAAAGAAGAUAGCGGAUUUUUGCAUAAUCAUGAAAGGUUUCCAGGUGCUACGGUACUUGAGUUACCACUAGAAAGUGUUGCUUCAAGUGUGAUCAGGUGGACAGCCUUAUAUUUGAUUUAUAUAGAUCUAUUCUUAAGGUAUUUUUUUACUAUUAAUACAUUAUGA